AUGGCGUCCUCGACCAGCACGGCCUCGUACGCGGACUGCGUGGCCGCGCUGCGCACGUCGCUCUCGUACCUGGAGUCGUCGGUGUCGACGCUGGGCGCCGGCGUGGCGGAUUUCCCGCGGCUCGGGCACGUGCUCAAGAGCGUGCGCCACUACGAGCUGAUACCGCAGCCGGCGCUGGCGCGCGCGGAGGCAUCGCUGCGCGACGAGAUCGGGCCGGCGAUCGCGGCGCUGCUGGACCGCGCGGACGCGCACGUGGCGCGGGCGGAGCGGCGCGUCGAGGCGCUGCGCGCGCGCGCCGAGCUGCAGCAGGGCCGGCUCGACGGCGGCGGCGGCGGCGGCGACGCCUCCGGCCAGAAGAAGAAGGCAGCAGCGCGCCAGCAGCAGCCGCGCGGCGCCCCCCACCCCCACCGUCUCGCCGGCGAGGCCGCGUUCCGCGCCCGCGCCGUCCGCCAGCGCCGCGAGGCCCUGCGCUACGGCGUCGAGCGCCUCGAGCUCGAGGUCCUCCAGAAGGAGCGCGAGCUGCGCAAGAGGCUCGAGACGACGACAGCCGCCGCGGCCGGCGGGACGUGA